AUGCACGUGCCUGCCCGUGUGCUUCGACAAUUUGGACUACGACAACAUAUUCCAAGGCAUGUGGAGAGAAUAGAGAGAAAUCCAAGAAAAGGUGCACAUCAUGCUAAUUGGGAAGUAAUUCGCCAAGAUUACAUCCAGAGGUGGGAUUUAAGGGAGGAACAAGUAGUGAUGGAGAGGGCUGAUGCACCUGACCUAGGUGUGUACCUGCGGUGGUAUUGGAGGAUUACUCACCGGUGGAUAUUUCAGGAAAACAAAGCCCUGAAGGAGUACAUACCAAGAGGCCCAGUCGAGAGAGAGUUGGUACAAGAGCUCGAAGAGCUUUCUACUAUGGCACAUGACGCAUUGCGCAUGACUACCGAGCAGGAGCUGAGGAACACGUUUCUUCGAAUGAUAAAAAAGUUACGGCCGGCUCUUCAGAGGACGCGUAAUGCAAGUCGUGAUGGACGGGAGGAGCGACCAAUUGAGUACGGGUGGAGAUGUCGACGAGGACACACGGAGGCGGGAUCAAUCCGUACGCAUGAUGAAGCUGGCGGCUCACAGCAGGCUCAGGCCGGAUGUUCACAGGCGGUUCGAGUCGACGCGGAUACCAUGCGCUCCCAACUUCACACACAACCGGACGAGGAACUUAUCCGAGCUCACGUUGAAGGAAGUAUGAGUUUCCAUGUGAAUGUGGGCUGGAAGGAGGUCUGCAAAAUGGUCGAGUGUGACCGUGACCCCCUCUAUCCAAAAAGAUACAACCUCCUCGAGUCGGAGGAGCCAGCGAUCGCCGUCGAGGGAUCUGAUUCGAGUGCAAACCCUAACCCUAGCACUGAUCCUAAGCCUAGCAGCCCUUGCAGCGUCAUCACGAUCACCGACGGCGCUUACGACGGCUGGUCGCCUUGCUUUAGGGAUGAUGACAUCAUGGAGCAGCAAUCCGCCAUUAAAGCCGUGGAGGCGGCGAAGAUCCCUUACGUUGGUGAUAAGGAGCCUCUCUCUUCCCUAGCUGCGGAGUUUCAGUCUGGCAGUCCAAUCCUACAGGAGAAGAUUAAGCUGAUUGGUGAACAAUAUGCUGCUCUCAGACGAACAAGAGGAGAUGGGAACUGUUUCUUCCGAAGCUUCAUGUUCUCCUAUCUGGAGCACAUUCUAGAAACACAGGAUAAAACUGAGGUUGAGAGGGUUACCAUGAAUAUUGAUCAGUGCAAGAAGACACUUCAGGGCCUUGGAUAUGCUGAUUUUACCUUUGAGGAUUUCUUUUCUAUAUUCUUCGAGCAGCUUGAAAGUGUUUUGCAAGGGACGGAAACUUCCAUUAGCCAUGAAGAGCUUCUGCAAAGGAGCCGCGACCAGAGUGUUUCAGACUAUGUUGUCAUGUUCUUCAGAUUUGUUACUUCUGGUGAAAUUCGCAGACGGUCUGAUUUCUUUGAACCAUUUAUUGUUGGAUUAACAAAUUCAACUGUGGACCAGUUCUGCAAGGCUUCGGUUGAGCCCAUGGGUGAAGAGAGUGACCAUGUGCACAUCACCGCAUUGUCGGAUGCCCUAGGUGUGCCAAUAAGGGUGGUGUACCUUGACCGCAGCUCCUGCGAAGCAGGAGUUCUGACUGUCAAUCAUCAUGACUUCAUCCCCUCUGUGGCGCACCCAAAUCCUCUUGCAUCAGAACAAGGUGCUGAUGCCUCCACUGCCGAAACAACAGAGAACAGUCCCCCACCAAAGCCCUUUGUUACCUUGUUGUACCGUCCUGGCCAUUAUGACAUUCUUUACCCAAAGUGACUCUUACCAUCUACUGGUUGGUAUCUAUGCUGCCAAAGGUGGAUCGGUUUGAUGGGAAGAGCUACAGAAGCGAGAUGCAUGGCAAGAGCAAGGAGGCUGGAGGUUCUUGCUUUUUUGUUGUUUCAUGGAGGCUGCAAGCAUGGAUCUCGCGUGUCUUUUCGAAUUGCAGUUUGCUUGCAAAACAUUGUGCUUAAAGGGACAGAAAUGGUGGUAACAUUUGAGACAAUGCAAAAUGUUGAUACCUUCUACUUUUCUGGACAUGACAUACUUUCACCAUGUAUCGCCAUAAUUUUGCAUACUAUGGACAGUUUGCAUUUCACUUGACUUCCCUUGCUAUC